CAGAAUGGAAGAAUUUAUCUGCCUCCUAUUUGAUGGGGUUCAGAGCUAAGAUGGCUGACUAAAUAAACAUGGGGGACUGGAAUUUCCUUGGAGGCUUUCUGGAGGAAGUUCACGUCCACUCCACCAUGAUUGGAAAGAUGUGGCUCACCGUCCUGUUCAUAUUUCGAAUGCUUGUUCUGGGUGUAGCUGCUGAAGAUGUCUGGAAUGAUGAGCAGUCUGACUUCAUCUGUAAUACAGAACAACCCGGCUGCAGAAAUGUAUGCUAUGAUCAGGCCUUUCCUAUCUCCCUCAUUAGAUACUGGGUUUUGCAGGUGAUAUUUGUGUCUUCACCAUCCCUGGUCUACAUGGGCCAUGCUUUGUACCAACUGAGAGUUCUGGAGAAGGAGAGGCAGAUGAAGAAAGCUCAAUUGAGGGGUGAACUGGAGGAGGCAGAGCUUGAAAUGCCUGGGGAUCGGAGGAGAUUGGAGCAAGAACUGCGUCAGCUUGAGCAAAGGAAACUAAAUAAAGCUCCACUCAGAGGAACCUUGCUUUGCACUUAUGUGAUACACAUUUUCACUCGCUCUGUGGUUGAAGUUGGGUUCAUGACUGGACAGUAUCUUUUAUAUGGAUUUCAUUUAGACCCUCUAUUUAAAUGCCACGGCCACCCGUGUCCAAAUAUAAUUGAUUGUUUUGUCUCAAGACCCACAGAAAAGACAAUAUUCCUAUUAUUUAUGCAAUCCAUAGCUACUGUUUCACUUUUCUUAAAUGUUCUAGAAAUAUUCCAUCUAGGUUUUAAAAAGAUUAAAAGAGGGCUUUGGGGACAAUAUAAAUUGAAGGAUGAACAUAAUGAAUUUUGUACCACCAAGUCAAAACAAAACCUUGCCAAAUAUCAAAACACAUCUGCAAAUUCACUGAAACGAUUCUCUUUUGCACCUGAUUACAGUCUGUUAGUGGAAAAGCAAACACACACAGCAGCAUAUCCUGGUUUAAAUCCACCUGCAUUUCAGACAGAUCCUGAUAAUCACAGUGGAAAUGAUGACAAAGGCAUUUUGGAUGAACAGGAAAUGCUACUUUCUGAGAUGUGCAUGCUUAGUACUACCUGUGGUCAUCUUCAAAACAUCAACUCAAGUAAUAAAGAAGACACUCACAAAAUAUCUGGAAAAGAAGUUAAUGGUAACCAGUUGAGGGGAAAAAGAGAAACUGAUGGCAAAGACAGCAAAAGGAACCACUACUCUAAAGGUCACUGUUCUAUUCCAGGUGAUGCUAUAGAUCUGAACAACCACACGGGGCAGUCACCCCAAACAGCUUUCUCUCUGCCAGCUAACUACACCUGGAAACCGAAAUGGCUUCGUGCUGCCUGGGGUCCCUCUGCAGAAAAUGAAAACCAGGCAUUACCUCCUAAAGGUAACCUCAAGGGCCAGCUCAGAGAGAGCACAAUCAGAACCCUUCCUCCUUCACAGGGAGACUUCCAUCCACUUGACAUUCCAGACACUCCUGAUUCUUUGGGAGGGUUGUCCUUUGAAUCCGAGUUGGUCAGAACCUGCAGUAACCCUACUGCUUGUCCUCCAAAUCAUUUAGUGUCGCUGACAAACAAUCUCAUUGGUAGGCGGGCUCCCACAGACCUUCAGAUCUGA